AUGGCUGGUAUCGACGCUCUCCUUGAAAGGGGGCUUAAAGAGACCGGUCAACGCCAACCUGCAACUCAAGACCCAGAAGAGCUCAAGCGACACCUAGAGGAGCUCCUCCUCUCACCCUCGCCUGAGUUCUCACCAGACUGGCUCAACCGACUUCAGCAGCGAUGGGAUUAUGAAGCCGAUUACACUUCGCUUUACAAGGUUGCGCCGCCGCAUACUCGAACUCUCACCAGAUUCCAGCGUCAUGGACUUGAAGGGCGUGUUACAGGCUACAAGAACGUCACUGUCCCCGCAAACAGUGCCACGGCCAAGAACUCGACAAGUCUGUCUCGAAAGCCUGCCAACCGCGCUGAUUUCGUGAGAGGCGCCGCGGGUUUCUUUCCCUUCGCUCCUGGUGGUCUCGAGGGCAUCGAGGCAACGGCGGCAUUUGAGGAUCAAGUCCACACAGGUGUUCCAGGGGGUGCUACAGAGACUAGUGGUACAGGCAAUAAACUUGAGCGAGUAAUUCAGCUUGGCUCCGAGGGUGGGUUACUAGAGAAUGCCCCUGGGAUAAGCAGAGGAAUCGACUUCACCAAGAAAAGGACAAGUAUCAGCCAAGAAGAUGCGAAUGCUGUCAAGGAGGUACUUGAAGAAGACCCAGAAGAUGCCAAGGUCGAAGAAGGUGGUAAUGAAGCUUCAACAGACGUUACUACUCCGGAUGUAACUCUCGACGAGACUGCUGAGGAUGGUGAUGAUAUCGACGACAUUCUACCUGUUGAAUUCCCCUCCCUGGAACCUCAUGGAGUUCUUGCAGCCUCGAGUGCUCGCAAGGCUGGUCGCGAGUGGGCGCAUAUGGUCGACAUCAACCAUGAUAUGUCCAACUUCAGAGAGCUCGUACCCGAUAUGGCGAGAGAGUGGCCUUUCGAACUCGACACUUUCCAGAAGGAAGCAGUGUACCACCUGGAAAACGGCGAUUCAGUGUUCGUUGCAGCACAUACUUCAGCCGGCAAGACUGUUGUGGCAGAGUACGCCAUCGCACUGGCUGCUAAACACAUGACGAAAGCCAUUUACACUUCGCCAAUCAAGGCACUGAGUAACCAGAAGUUCCGCGACUUUCGACAGACCUUUGACGAGGUGGGUAUUCUCACUGGUGAUGUCCAGAUCAAUCCAGAAGCUAGCUGCCUGAUCAUGACAACGGAAAUUCUUCGAAGUAUGCUCUACAGAGGAGCUGAUCUGAUUCGCGAUGUCGAGUUUGUUAUCUUCGACGAAGUCCACUACGUCAACGAUUUUGAGCGAGGUGUUGUCUGGGAAGAGGUCAUUAUCAUGUUACCCGAGCAUGUAUCUCUCAUUCUACUAUCCGCUACGGUUCCAAACACUAAGGAGUUUGCUUCGUGGGUUGGACGAACGAAGCAAAAAGACAUCUACGUUAUUUCUACACCGAAGCGACCCGUUCCCCUGGAGCAUUAUCUCUGGGCAGGAAAGAAUAUCCACAAGAUCGUGGACUCGGAAAAGAAGUUCAUCGAAAAGGGCUGGAAGGACGCACACUUUGCUAUCCAGGGAAAGGACAAGCCGAAGCCUGCAGAGACCACUGUCGCCACUCGUGGGGGCAACCCCCGGGGCAAUCAACGUGGUGGUACUCAACGAGGCGGUCCUCAGCGUGGUGGACGUGGAGGAGGCCAACAGCAGAGAGGAGGUAGUCAACAGCGCGGUCGGGGCGGGCCACCUCGAGCAAGCCAUGCCCCUGGUCACAUGGGUCGCGGAGGCCGGGCUGGGGGUUUCACAUCUGUUGCGCAAGACAAGAACCUAUGGGUUCAUCUUGUCCAGUAUCUCAAGAAGUCAACCCUUCUGCCAGCUUGUAUCUUCGUCUUCUCGAAGAAGCGAUGUGAGGAGAACGCAGAUGCUCUCAGUAACCAAGACUUUUGCACUGCUGCUGAGAAGAGUCAUAUUCACAUGAUUAUCGAAAAGUCAGUUGCGCGGUUAAAGCCUGACGACCGGCAGCUUCCACAGAUUAUCAGGCUGAGGGAGCUCCUCAGUCGAGGUAUCGCUGUUCAUCAUGGCGGUUUAUUGCCUAUUGUCAAGGAGCUGGUUGAGAUCCUGUUCGCCCAGACAUUGGUCAAGGUUCUGUUCGCUACAGAAACAUUUGCUAUGGGUCUUAACCUCCCUACACGAACAGUGGUCUUCUCUGGGUACCGCAAGCAUGACGGACAUUCGUUCCGAAACUUAUUACCAGGAGAGUAUACUCAGAUGGCAGGUCGCGCUGGCCGUCGUGGUCUGGAUACCGUUGGUUCAGUCAUCAUUGUACCACCAGGAGGCUUGGACGAUGCUCCUCCCGUUGCAGAUCUCCGAAACAUGAUUCUGGGAGAGCCGUCUAAGUUGCGGUCACAGUUCCGACUGACAUACAACAUGAUUCUGAAUCUCCUACGGGUGGAGGCGUUGAAGAUCGAGGAGAUGAUCAAGCGAAGUUUCUCUGAACAUGCCACUCAACAGCUGCUCCCCGAACACGAGAAGGACGUGAAGCUAGCGCAAGCAGAUUUGGCUAAGGUCAAGAGAGACUCUUGCGAGAUCUGCGACGUUUCGAUGGACGAAUGCCAUCAAGCUUCUCAGGACUUCAAGAGAUUGACAUUUGAGCUGUACAAGGGCUUGCUAUCUAUCCCUAUUGGACGCAGAAUGUUCUCUCAGCACCGACUUGUCGUCUUCAACUGGGACGGUAUUCGCUCCAUUGGCAUCCUCCUCGCAGACGGAGUUAGUAAUAAAGGAACGACGGAGGAUCCAACACUGCACGUAUGCGCCAUCAAGUCACUUAGAGAUCGACGAGAUGCUACCGAUCAGCUUCCCUUCAUCCCUGCAUUCCGCAAAUACCUCCACGAACUUCCCAAGAGUAAGAAGCGAGUGCAGACUAAGACUCUGCACGUUCCUCUGAGCGACGUGGAGUGUCUCACGAGAUGGGUGACCAAGGGCAUUAUUCCUGAGAUCUUCCAAGGCGGAGAUGGCUAUCAACAGGCGAAAGACAAACUUCAAGAGCUUUGUGGUUCGUGGGAUGAUAGAUGGGAGGAACUCGAUCUCUCUCGAAUCAAGCAACUGCAACUACAGGAGAUUGUGGAAAAGAGAGUGGAAUUGGUCAAGACGAUAUCGUACUCGCCAGCUGAGAAGUGUCCAGACUUCCUGAAGCAUUUUGCUAUGUGCCACGAUGAGUGGCUCAUCAAGGAUCAUAUCUUUCAGCUGAAGCAGUCGUUAUCUGAUCAGAACCUUCAACUUCUACCUGAUUACGAGCAACGAGUCCAAGUGCUUAAGGAGCUUGGCUUCAUCGAUGAUGCCACCCGGAUCCAGCUCAAGGGCAAGGUCGCGUGUGAGAUUCACUCUGGUGAUGAACUAGUCCUGACUGAACUCAUUCUUGACAACGUCCUCGCCGACUACGAACCUGCCGAGAUUGCCGCUCUCCUUUCGGCGUUUGUAUUCCAAGAGAAGACCGACAUAGAGCCGUCCCUGACCGGCAACCUCGAGCGAGGAAAGGAAAAGAUUGUUGCCAUAUCCGAGAAGGUGAACGAUGUGCAAACGCGACUGCAAGUCAUUCAGUCUGCUGAUGACUCAAAUGACUUUGUUUCUCGGCCACGGUUCGGAAUCAUGGAAGUGGUCUAUGAAUGGGCUCGAGGUAUGAGUUUUAAGAACAUCACGGGCUUGACCGACGUCCUUGAGGGAACGAUUGUACGGACGAUUACACGAUUAGAUGAGACAUGUCGCGAGGUGAAGAACGCGGCGAGAAUUGUGGGUGAUCCCGAACUGUAUCAGAAGAUGCAACAGGCACAGGAAAUGAUCAAGAGGGAUAUCACAGCGGUGGCAAGUCUCUACAUGUAG